UGCUCCGCCUCCUUCAGUCUACUGUUCACGGAGUUGGACUAGACUUUGGCAUUGGCAUUUGAGCAGCUAUUAUCAGCAAAUUUCAUCUAUACCAGCGACUAUCAACGGUUUUAAAGACCUUCUUCAUCGUGUGGACCGGACUUCAGCAGCAGCAGAGCAGCAGAACCAGUGGAACCAGCGGAGGAUCGAAGUGGAUUGAAUCACCAGUGACAUCACCAAGCAAUACAGAGGAACAGGAAUUGGUUUAAAUUAUUUUCAUUAACUAGAUCAUUUAAUACAACGGUUUUCUGUAAUAUACUAGUUAAUUUUUUUGUGUGAGAUGCCUCGUCUCAAGGGCCACAAUCGUUCCAGUGCGGCCAAGAAGAGGAUGGAGAAGCACCUGGCUGCAGUGGUGGAGUCUGCGCCCCAGAGCUCCACCAGCUUCGUGCCACCGGCUCCCGGUCCCUCACGCCGAGGUACUGGUCGUCGCCACCGUGUGAGCACCUGGCCAGUUUCAACCCUGACUGGCAGGAGUCACAAAGUGGUUAUCCCGGCCGAGUCACCUGACAAGAAGUUUGUUCUUCUUGUCGGGGAUUCCCACCUGCGCGCCAUCGUUGAUGGCAUCGUGGAGUUUCCGGACGAGUUCCUUUCCUUUGGUGCCAUGUCGACACCGGGGGCCUGUGCCAGGGAGCUGACGAUCGAGUUGGUGAGUGCAGUCCUCCCCAGGACACCUGACCUUGUCUGUGUUCUAGCCCCCAGCAACGACCUGACUGCCAGUAGGACUUUGGACGAGGCUGCAGUGGACUUCGAGAAGCUCCUCACCAGUGCCUUGUCUCGGUGGCCGAAGGUGUUUGUCCUGGACUUCCCUCCGCGUCGGAACGUGGACCUGGAUCUGCAGGAGCUCUUUCGCCAAGAGUUCCACCGCGUGGCCGCACGCAAGGGCGUGAGGUACUACUCUAUCGCAGAGUUUUUUCCUCUCAGCCGAAGUGACCUGUGGAGUUGGGAUGGUGUGCACCUCAGCGAUGGACCCGGGAUGGGGCUGCUGGUGGACUUGCUGUUGUUCUUCUCCCGGCAGCAGUUAGAGAUGGCUACUGUCGUGGAGGUUGAACACAGCUUGCCGCCAGUUGCUCCUUCUCCUGCUCCUGCUCCUCGUCCGGCUCCGAGGGUAGUUGUGAGGGGAGCGACCCGCUCCCCACGUCCGCCACACAACCCACUGGAUUGGACGCUGGUUGAACCGCGCAGGAAGAGGAGGUGUCCGUCUCCUCAGGGAGGGAAGGUUCAGCUCAUGGAGUGUUCCAUCCCUCUCACGCCUGUCUGGUUCAGCCCACCUAUUCUGGAGGUGAUGGACCACAUCCGUCCGGGCAAUCUUGACUGGGGGGAGCCCACUACCUCUACCAAGGGACCAUCGGGGGUGAAGCGUCAUAGGAGCACUCCUGCUCCAAAGAAGAGCCGUGGGAACCAGGAGGUCGAGCUGGAGGAGGAGUGGCCCGAACUUCGCAGGGCUGUGGCGGAGGUCCCUGUGGAGCAGCCACGCAGGCGCAUCGGAUCCCAGAGGAGACGUACCCGGCAGCAGGAGGGGGCAGCUGCAGAUGUCGUGGAGGGGAUGACUGGACCAUCACCUGCCAGUCCUGUGACCACCGAGGACCUUCCCUGCUCUGCUCUGCACAGCUCCCCAGACUCCAUCAAAGGAAUCCUGUGUCCUGGGCCAUACCAAGUUGCGAUUUAGAUUUUUUUUAAGAGACGCUGAUAAUAUAUAACUGUUAUUGUUUGUUAAAAUAAUGAUCUUUAGUUAGUAUAAAUGCUGAAAGUAUUAAUUUUAUUACCAAGUUAGUACAGCUGUUAUAUAUUUGGU